AUGAAUCAAUUUCGAGUGACCUUUUCGGAUGACGAAGAAGAAGUAAACAACCACAGCCAAUCUCAUCACUUCGUACACGAAGAGGACGAUGAUGAAGAAUUAUUCUUGGGAAGAGAGACAAAUAAAAGAGGUUUUUAUGCCGAGGAUUUAGAGGAAGAAGUUCAAGCUGAUCCGUUGUUCCAAGCAAAAAAACAUGAAUUGGAACAAAAACGAAAAUACAGGAGAUUGUCUACUGCAUUUAUUGCUUCGGUUAUUGUUGUAGCUACGCUUUUGGUGAUUUUAGGAUUUUCUAUUUAUUUUAACGUGUCAUUAUAUUUUGGAGAGAAACCACAAUCGGAAUGCCUUUUUGUUUUUAAUGAAACCUUUCCGAUCGACCCUAAAACCUUUAGAGAAACUCGUCACAAUAAUUUACUGAGAUUUUUGGAAGUUUUUGAACCAACCCAUUCAGAAGAUGAUUAUGUCAUUCAUAUACCUAAUACUGAAAGAUAUAGAUCGGAGAUGUAUUUUCUCUCUGGAAUUUCUCAAUCCUCCAAUCUUCUAUCCAACUCUCAUUUAUUCUUGUCAUUAACAAAGAAUUCAUCGAUUUUAUGUAUGAAUUAUGGCAACACCAACUCAUUUACAUUAAGCGAAGGUUCAUAUGUAGAUUUUAUUAUAUUUGGAUAUCAAUCAUGUCUUCAGGGCAUCAAAGGCCAAAAUUUCACGAAAAUAUUAAGCGUAUCUGCAGAUUUCAGCGAUUUCUUUCCAAAGAUUGAGAAUGUAACAUGGUCCCAAAAUAAUGACAUCAUUAUUACUAUUUCAACAUUAAUAGAUGAAAUGACACAACAAGACAAGAUGAUGUACCAUUACAUUUCUCGCUUGUUGGAGAAUCUAUUUACUUCUACUACAACAACGCUUUCUCAAAUGGCCAUUCCUUUUAGUGAAGAGGCAAACAAGUUCAAUGAAGAGUAUUUCAAAAGAUUAGAUUCAUGCGUAUCAAUCAAUACAAGGAUUGGAUGGCCUCAAUUUAAGGUAUUGGAGUCAUCGGUUCAAGUUAAUGGGGUGGAAAUGAAGACACUAAGUAUGGAAUCAUCAUACUCAUAUCUUAAUAAGAAAUACUCAACAGCUGACACCAUUUCACUAAAUUACAACAAUACGUUAUUUGACAAGCUAGUGAACAUCAUAGAUAGUAAUAUCGAACAAAUAGAAAAGUACAAGAUCGACGAAGGAAGGAAAGCCAUUGUUUUACAGAGUUUGAUCGAAAGAAAUACGAUGCAAAACCUUCUGAAAAUGGAGAUAGUACAGAAAACAAAUGCGUCGCAAUCUCACUCUGACUUUAUUUCUAAAUUACAAGAAGAAAACUUACCUCGACUAUUUAUUUCUGAAAUUAUGAUACAAAACGUAGAAGGAUUACCUGUAAAUAAGAUAAGCCUCAAUAAUGGCCUGAUAUUCGACUUAUCUCUCAGAUUUCCUUUUGGUGAAGAACUCAAAAAAGUUAAUACAGACUACAGUAAUUUGCUCACCAUACACACAGAACAGGUACUGAAAAGUGUUGGCUCUAAACUUUUGAAGAAAGUUAUGUUCAUUGUGGGUAACGAUGGAAUUUAUUCCAUUAAGAAAUUGUAA